UGGUGGGAGUGAGGGACACAACUUUGCUGCCCCCUGUGGCUCUCCGGGGAGAGCUAGCCACUCUGGGUCGGGUCACCAGGACACGAGAGGCGGGACAAAACUACAGCAGCGCUCUGGUGGAGGAUCCACCCGGACGUGCUAUCCCGGGGUCUCCGGGCCUGUAAGGCCACAAGAUCGCUCUGGCACCUCCGAGAGCCAAGGCUCGCUCCUAUGGCCAGCCCUGGGCUGCCUGGAGCUGGGGAGGGCCAGGAGGAAGAGGAGACAGCGGGCGUCUCAGCAAGGCAUGGAACAGAGGUGCUGCAGCAGGCCCAGGAGCUCUUCCUACUAUGUGACAAGGAUGCCAAGGGCUUCAUCACUCGUCAGGAUCUGCAGGAUCUGCAGAGUGAUCUUCCCCUUACACCUGAACAGCUGGAGGCUGUGUUUGAAAGUCUGGACCAGGCCCACACUGGCUUCAUCACAGCUCGGGAGUUCUGUCUAGGCCUGGGGAAGUUUGUGGGGGUGGAGUCGGCCCCAGGUGGGUCCCCCUUGAGGACUUCUGAGGAAACCUUUGAGUCGGGCACAGGGGGCUCUCUGGAGGAGGAGGAAGAUGUUGAGACAUUCUACACUUCCUUGGAGAAGCUAGGAGUGGCCCGGGUCCUGGGCGAGCAAUGGGCUGUGAGGACACUCUGGGUCGGGCUGCAGCGCGAGCGACCUGAGCUGUUGGGCUCUCUAGAGGAAGUUCUGAUGCGCGCAUCGGCCUGCCUGGAGGCAGCGGCCCGGGAGCGCGAAGGUCUUGAGCAAGCGCUGCGACGGCGGGAGAGUGAACACGAGAGGGAGGUGCGCGGACUGUAUGAAGAGCUGGAACAGCAGCUCCGGGAGCAGCGACACCGCAGGCAGAGCCAGAACCUACCCCGGGAGGAACAGAGGGGCCACCUGGAGCUGGAGCUGCAGAUCCGCGAGCAGGAGUUGGAGCGCGCAGGCCUUAGGCAGCGGGAGCUGGAACAUCAGCUGCAGGCCCGGGCUGCAGAACAGCUAGAGGCACAGGCCCAACACAUCCAGCUGCAGAGGGCCUACGAGGUCAUAAGGACACAGCUGGACCAGGCGCAAGAGCAGCUCAGCCGACUGGAGGGCGAAGCACAGGGUCGUCAGGAGCAAACCCAAAGAGAUGUGUUUGCUGUCUCCAGGAACAUGCAGAAAGAGAAACGCAGCCUCCUAAGGCAGCUGGAGCUGCUGAGGGAGCUAAAUCUGAGGCUUCGAGAUGAGAGAGAUGCCUGUGAGACCAAGCUGCUGGGCAGUAGCCACAGGAAGGCUCUAGCCAUUGCCCACAAGCCCGGACCCAUCUACUGCUGCUGCUGCGGCUGGGCUAGGCCCCCCAGACGAGGCUCUGGCCAUCUUCCUAGUGCCCGAUGACCAGCCCCAAGUGACUCACUUCCUUAUCCAGAGGACUGCUCCUAGGAGGGACUGGUCCUGGUGGCGGUUGCUUGCUAAGUGUGUGGCUCUAUCCAGAAGGCAUCCCGUGCCUGAAGGAACUAACCCGAGAGUGGUCAAGGUCUUCAGUCUGUAUCCUGUCUUCCUUAAUCUUUGUCUAAAGGACCAAUAAAGGCCAUUGUAUA